CCUCUAGAUGGGACCAUCAGUAAUGGACGGCGCAGAUCUCCCCUCCUCCUCCGCCGCCGCCGGCGACCGGCGUCCGGAGAGCGCGGGGCACGGUAGCGGCGCGGAGGAUGAGCGGGCCGCGUACCCGCCGGAGCGUUGCGAGGCGCUGGCCGCUGCGAUCGCGGGGGUGCUGGGCGGCGCGCUGCGGGAGCACGAGGCGCGGGCGGCCGCCACCGCCCGGAGCCAGGACGAGGUCGCCGCCGCCAUCGACCGCCUCAACGGAGAAUUGGACAGACUAUUAGAGAAUGCACCUUCACUGGUAAUAAUGCAACAUUCAGCAAGGAUUUCCACUAUCCGUAAAAGAAUUUCAGCACUGAACAUGCUACUGAAGUCCAUACAGCGCCGCAUUGAUAACAUUGAUAGAGUAAUUUCGACUGGUUUGACAAGUGAUCAUUCAUCUCCUGUACAGUCUCAAAGCCUGAAGCCCAAGUGAAGUUGAAUUUAAGGUUCUAGAAGAGGAGUUCCAGUGGUGUCCAUCAAUUGUCCACCAUAUCUGUGCGGUAGAGUCAUCAUUCGGUGCAGUCUGCAGAUCAAAGUGAAAUUAUACGGGGUUGUGCAUAGAAAUGAAACCUCAUAAUUUCUUUUUUCUACGAGAGGUGUAUCAUUGAAACACUCCGUUUCUUUUUGGGAAGAAUGAAGUGUGCUUUUAGCUUUGCCAUUUUCCCUUGUACUUGAAUAUUAUGGGGAACUCAUAGAAUAAAAUUGACACCUUUGAGCGAUUUUGAUCCA